CUAUAAGGGAUGGGAAGGAAGACGCAGUUACCCCUCACCUAUUCCAGGAAGAGAUAACAAUCCCCUCUUCGCUCUCUCUCUCUCUCUCGCUCAUGCGAAUCUAUAUUCUUGGAGAUUAUCAAAUCUCAGACGCCAUUUAUCAUGACUACCAUCUUCAACUCCUUGAGUGACUCUUGUUCCAACCUUUUCGUUCUACAGAUCUCAGGUUUUCAGCCCUCGUUUAUGUCCGUUCUUCUCCUUUAAUAGGACCUCCUCCUUCUUCUUUUGUUCUAGUUGUGUGUUUGGUUUCGUUCUUCUUGCUUGUUGUUUGAUGGGUCGCGAGGGAAACAUGACCGGGUUUCAUCUUCAUUUACCCCACCUCCACCACGGGAAGAAGAACGAGGCGCUGUAUAAGGACAUCCCCAAGGGAUGCUUCGCCGUGCUGGUGGGUCAGGGGGAGGAGCAGCAGAGGUUCGUGGUGCCCAUCAUAUAUCUCAGUCACCCUCUGUUCAUGCAACUCCUCAAGGAGGCGGAAGACGAGUACGGGUUUGAUCAAAAGGGCACCAUCACCAUCCCUUGCCAUGUAGCCGAGUUUCGCUACGUUCAGGGAUUGAUCGACAAGGAGAAGCAGCAGCCUCACCAUGUCGGCUGUUUCAGAGCCUGAUUGAUUGAUGGCGAAUGAUGACGACGACGGCGACGAAGACGAUAAUCCCACCCUUCAGCUCUCCGCUCUAAGAGAGAGAGAGAGAGAGAGAGAGAGAGAGGUGAAUUUUAGAGCUUAUCUUCUUCUUUUUCCUCCUUUCCUACCGCCGCUACUACGUUUAGGCGAAUGAAAUUUGAAGAGGAGUAAAAACUCGAUCGAUGAAGUUAUGAAGGAAAUGAAAGGAUGGUGAUAUUCGAUUUCUUGUUUUAUUUGCUAAUAUGUGGGCGUGUGUGGUUUGGUGGUCGUGUGAGUUUUGAAGGAAAAUGAAGGCUGGAUUUUUUGUUCAAUUCCUU